AGAUGACUAUUACAGAGAAAAUCUGAUGCUUUACCUUCCAUGGAGAGAUGAGAAUACAGAUUUAAUAAAUGUCAAUCACUAUCAGAAAUUUGUUCAAAAUUUUGAAACCGUCCAAGAAAACAAAAAAUUCUUUGUAUUUUCGAAUGAUUUAGAGGAACACUUAUUCCAGGCGCUUUUUGUGGAAAAUAACGGCAUGGUACAAAUGGAUGAUAAUUGCACAAAUAUACAAUCAUCCUCCCAGAAUGAAUUUCGCGUUUUUGGUGCUGAGCAUGCAGCUGGAGAUAUAUUUAUAGACAUAGGUGAAAAUCAAGCAUCAUCAGAGAAUAAGAAUACAGAGAAUAACCGGUGUGAUGAUGUGUAUUUCCCUGUUCCUUUCGUAAUGAACGACAUUCAGUAUCGACAAAUAGUCACUAGUUUGAAUGUUAAGCAAAGAACAUUCCUUCUUCAUGUUUUACAUGCUUUUAAAAGUGAUGAGUUACCUAUCUAUAACUGUGUUUUUGGAGGCGCUGGCGUUGGCAAAUCAUGUCUCAUCGCUGCCGUACAUCAAAGCCUCAUCAGAUAUUUUAAUUCAAAGCCAGACACAUCAUUAGAUCUUAUUAGGGUUCUGCUUUGUGCCUUCCCAGGGAAGGUGGCCCAUCACAUUAAGGGCAUCACCCUCCAUACAGCUUUCAUUCUACCAGUGACACAGUUUAGUGGAGCAUUGCCGUCACUUAGUAACGCAACUCUAAGUACCCUCCGAUGUAAGCUGCGAGACUUAAGAGUUAUUAUUGUCGAUGAAAUAAGCUUGGUAGGCAGUCGGUUACUGGACCAAGUAGAUGCAAGGCUAAAGCAGAUUUUCGGAACUGACCUGCCUUUCGGAGGUAAAUCUGUCUUGGUUCUGGGUGAUUUCAAUCAGCUGGGACCAGUUGGUGAUAAAUAUAUUUUUAAAGGCAAUUCUUCGAACCCGUACAGUUUGCUCGUUGGUAAUCCUUUGUGGGACCUCUUCCAUUCUUUUGAAUUAACUGAAAUAAUGCGGCAAAAAGAUGAUGCAGUAUUUGCCAAUGCCUUGAACAAUCUCGCCAACGGCUCUCUAUCUGAUGAAGAAGUUAAAUUAUUCCAAUCUAGAGAAACUCAGGCCAGGAAUAUUCCGUCUGAUGCAAUUAAUUUAUUUCGUAACAAUGCUAAUGUUGACUCGUUCAAUGAAAACGUUAUAAAGAAAUCAAAGGCGGAUAUCGUAAUUGCCGUGUCAUCUGACACUGUCACUGGUCAAGGAACUGAAAAACUUGUCGAUAGAGCUCUGUCAGCUGUUAAAAAUUUACCCGCUAGGAAAACCGAGGGCCUGCCAACAAUUCUCAAAUUGGUGCUAAAAAUUAAGUACAUGGUCACUGUAAAUGUGUGUAUUCCUGAUGGACUAGUAAAUGGGGCCAUAGGGACACUGGAGCAUGUUGAGAAAAAUGAAGAGGGUGCUCCCACCAGACUUUGGAUUGACUUUGGUGAUAGUGAGGUCGGUAAGGCUGCACGCCAAGCUGUUCAGUGGCGGCCACCUGAGGUCCUCAACAAUUUGACUCCACUUGAGAAACAAGCUCGCCGUAUUCACCCUCUACCAAAUGCUAUUAUCAGUGUCGUACGGAAACAAUUUCCUCUUGUACCGGCAGAAGCCAUAACCAUUUGUAAAUCUCAAGGAGCUACCUACUCCAAAGUCGCUGUAUAUAUAAUUUCUGGGCUUAAAAGAAAUGAGCUUUAUGUUGCUUGCAGUAGGUGCACUUCAUUAUCAGGCCUUUUCAUAGUUGGUACUUUUCGUCCUCCUAGUGCUCCAGGUCCCUAUGAUGAGGUGCAAUUAGCGAUAAAAUCUCUUCGACGUAAAAAAAUUAAAUUUUCCUGUCUUUUUGCUAACAAUUUCCCUAGGAACAGAAUCAUAUUGUAUCACAAUGUCCAGAGCUUGAAUGCUCAUUUUCAGGAUAUUAAAAAUGACCUAAAUUACCAAUGCUCGAACAUUCUGAUUUCGGCCGAAUCUUGGCUAAAACCGACAGACUUUCCAGAAUAUCCCAACUUCUAUGUUGUUGGAAGACAAGAUGUGUAUCGGAAUGUUGCGCAUGCACAUGGCGUAAUUGUAUAUGCCAAACUUAACGAGGAAUGUAACAUUAUUUUCGAAAGUUCAUCAGAAGAAAAGGGUACAGCUCACAAUUUAUUUGUGUUAGUCUAUGAGGAUUAUGCAAUUUGUACUGGCUAUAUACCUCCAUCAACUUCAUUUUCUGUGGUGCAAUUACAUUUUAAGGAAAUGUUGACUUCAGGUUUUGAGGCGUCCUCAAAAGUAAUUUUAAUAGGUGAUUUUAAUCAAAAUAUUGUUCAAGAAUCGCAAACUCUCUUUUCCCGAUUUCUGAGUGAAACCUAUCCAAAUCUGGUAAACUGCAUUGAUA